AUGGCAAGCAGUGUACGAUUUGAUCCAUGCUUCUUUGUUGCCUCUAUUCUCUUAUAUUAUGUUAUAGGCCUUUUGGCAACAGUUCAUAAUGUCCCCCAAGCACAAUUAACACCAUACAAAGGUCAGCAUCUCAUGAAGGUCUCAAUUGGCACUCCACCAGUAGACAUCUAUGGCCUUACCGAUACAGGUAGUAGCCUUGUGUGGACACGAUGUCCUUGUGAUGUCUGCUACAAUCAGAUUCAUCCCAAGUUCAAUCCUAAAAAGUCCUGCACAUACAGUGAAAUUUCUUGUCAAUCAGAACAAUGUCAUCUACUAUUGGACGAAGCCGCUUGUUCUCCUCAAAAUAUUUGCAAUUUCAAUACUGGAUAUGCAAGUGGUUUGUCCAAAGGUGUUCUGGCCAAAGAAAAAGUUUCCAUCACUUCUACCUCAGGGCAAGCGGUUUCCUUUGAUAUUGCUUUUGGAUGUGCACACAAUGAUUCCUUCUAUUUCGAUGCAAUGGGAAUCAUUGGGUUAGGACCAGGGCCUUCGUCCUUUGUUUCACAAAUUGGUAGCAAGAGGUUUUCUUACUGCUUGUUACCAUAUGGUACUGAUCCUAGCAUUACAAGCAAGAUAAGUUUUGGGAAUGGCAGUGAGGUUGUGGGUGAUGGUGUGGUUUCAACACCUUUAAUAGUCACAAAAGAUUUACCUUCCUAUUAUUAUGUGACGCUUGAAGGAAUUAGUGUUGGAGACACGUAUGUGCCCUUUAACUCUUCAGGUAAGGUUUCUAAGGGCAACACGUUUAUCGACUCAGGAACACCACAAUUAGGUUUGCCACCAGAUUUUUAUGAUCGCCUAGUGGUGGAAGUGAAGAAGCAGAUUUCAAUUGAUCCCAUUAAGGAUGACUCUCUUUUGGGAACACGGCUUUGCUAUAGAACUGAAAUUACUAAUGAAAAUGGACCAAUAUUGACUGUCCAUUUUGAAGGUGCAGAUGUGAAGUUAAAGCCUAUACAAACUUUCAAUCGACCACUUAAAGAAUAUGAAUAUUACUGCUUUGGAAUUACAAGUACUGCAAAUUCUGAUUUGGCAAGUUGGGAUGGCUUAGGAAUAUAUGGAAACUAUUUUCAAGCAAAUUUGUUGAUUGGGUAUGACUUGGAAACAAUGAUGGUCUCCUUCAAGCCGACUGAUUGCACCAAACAGUAG